AUGGGACACUCAGGGACUCCCAGGGACUCCCCAGGGACUCCCCAGGGACUCCCAGGGACUCCCCAGGGACUCCCAGGGACUCCCCAGGGACUCCCAGGGACUCCCCAGGGACUCCCAGGGACUCCCAGAGACUCUCAGAGACUCCCAGGGACUCCCAGAGACUCCAAGGGACUCCCAGAGACUCCCAGGGACUCCCAGAGACUCCCAGGGACUCUCAGAGACUCCCAGGGACUCUCCAGGUACUCCCAGAGACUCCCAGAGACUCCCCAGGGACUCCCAGGGACUCCCCAGGGACUCCCAGGGACUCCCAGGGACUCCCAGGGACUCCCCAGGGACUCCCCAGGGACUCCCAGGGACUCCCCAGGGACUCCCAGGGACUCCCCAGGGACUCCCAGGGACUCCCCAGGGACUCCCAGGGACUCCCCAGGGACUCCCCAGGGACUCCCAGGGACUCCCCAGGGACUCCCAGGGACUCCCCAGGGACUCCCAGGGACUCCCCAGGGACUCCCAGAGACUCACCAGAGACUCCCAGAGACUCCCAGGGACUCCCAGAGACUCCCAGGGACUCCCAGAGACUCCCAGGGACUCCCAGAGACUCCCAGGGACUCCCAGAGACUCCCCAGGGACUCCCAGAGACUCCCCGAGACUCCCCAGGGACUCCCAGGGACUCCCAAGGGACUCCCAGGGACUCCCCAGGGACUCCCAGAGACUCCCCAGAGACUCCCAGGGACUCCCAGAGACUCCCCAGGGACUUCCCAUAAUCUCCCAGGGCCUCCCCAGGGACUCUUAGAGACUCCCCAGGGACUCUCAGGGACUCUCCAGGGACUCCCACGAACUCCUAGAGACUUCCCAGAGACUUCUAGGGACUCCCAGGGACUACCUAGAGACUCCCAGGGACUCCCAGGGACUCUCCAAGGACUCCCAGAGAAUCCUAGGGACUCCCAUGGGUUCCUAGGGGCUCCUAUAGGGACUCCCAGGGCUCCUAGGGACUCCCAGAGACUCUCCAAGGACUCCCAGGGACUACCCAAGAAACAGUCGAGGGUGCCAAAGACUGCCAAUAUAAAGCACUUAAUAGACAUCAACAUAAAAUGA